AUGGGCCAGGCAUUCAGUUUCAUGAACAUAUUCUCCAAGCUCUGGGGCGUCCAGAAGGAAAUCCGGAUCCUCAUUUUGGGCUUGGAUGGUGCCGGUAAAACCACAAUCUUGUACCGGUUGCAGAUGGGUGAGGUGGUCACUACUAAGCCUACUAUCGGAUUCAACGUGGAGACGUUGAAGUACAAAAACUUGACAUUGAACAUCUGGGACUUGGGUGGCCAGACUUCUAUUCGUCCGUACUGGCGAUGCUACUACUCCAACACUGCUGCUGUGAUCUUCGUGGUUGACUCCACUGACAAGGAUCGUAUUGAUAUUGCUUGCAAAGAGCUCCAUAUGAUGUUGAAGGAGGAGGAGUUGCUAGAUAGCGCCCUCUUAGUGUUUGCCAACAAGCAGGAUCAGCCGGGAGCAAUGACUGCUGCCGAGGUCUCCCAGGCUCUUAGUCUAACCGAUUUGAAGGACAGAAGUUGGAGUAUAGUCGCAUCGAGCGCCAUUCGUGGUGAAGGUUUGACUGAGGGUUUGGAUUGGCUCAUGGAUGUGAUCAAGGACGAGCAGUUGUAG